AUGGUUGUAAAGACCUCGAUGGCCCAACUGAAAAGUCUGAAAUGUCUCUUCAAUAUGUUUUAUAUAGAACCGGUGAUUUUCAUGUUAUUUUCGCACAUGCUGUCAGGCACUGUAAUGCGGAAUCAGUUGAUAUAUCAGACAUGCACAGUAAUCUUUGAAUAUAAUGAAACCGACUGUAAGCUUUUGGACAGCAAAAACACAACCGCAGAAAUACAGGCAAUUGAGACUGAGCUGCAGUCAUAUGUUGCCAAUAUGUUCUUAACCCGUACGCUUUUUGAAAGUAUUGUACCUGCCAUCUGUGGUUUAUUUAUUGGCUCUUGGUCGGAUCACUAUGGACGCAAGCCUCUGCUGAUUGUCUCUAUGGUUGGCUUCUCUGCCUCUGCCAUGCUUUCAUCUGCCAUUUGCUGGCUGUCCACUUACUAUAUGGUUAAUCCCUGGUGGUACACCCUGGCAGCUCUGCCACAUUCUCUGCUCGGUGGUUUAUGUGUCUUCUCGGUGGCUGCCUUUUGCUUUAUUACCGAUACAACGGACAUGAAGACAAGACCCUACAGAAUGAUUUUCAUGGAGCUGAUACUUUUUGUGGCCCUCACCAGUGGCUCAUUGUUGUCCAGUUUUGUUUAUGCAGCCACAAGUGCUGCCAUUGUGCAGAGUUUUUCCUGCUUGAUUGUCAUUUUGGCCACACUUUUCGUUGUUUCCUAUUUACCCGAAAGUUUGGGAAUGUGUCCGGAUCAGGACGAAACUACUGAAAAAGAAAAGGAAAUUGUUGUUACAAUUUCAGAUCAGAAAGUGAGCGAUAUUACAACGGAUUACCUUGAGAAGCGUGUUGAUCCACCCCAAUAUGAGACUAUAGAAAAACCUCCAAUUGAGGACAAAAGCAAGGACAUGGCCGGUUUGUUCAGUAUUAAACACGUUAAAGACAUGUUUGGAACCUGCUUUAAAAGGAGGGAAUAUAAUGCUCACUCCAUCAUUUGGUUGGUCACUUUGUCUGGUUUUGUUUCGAUUUUUGUUGCCGAUGGCGUCAUGACUGUGAUGUAUUUAUAUGUACGCCAACAGUUUCAUCUGACAGUGCGUGAGUUUACUAUUUUUGAAACAGUCAGUCAGUCGGUACCCAUGCUGGGAGCUCUUUUGGGAAUACUUAUUUUGAGAAAGCUUUUUGGAAUGUCUGUGGUGUCAUUGGCGUUGCUGUCGCUUUUUUCUGAGAUCAUCAGCAAUUUUGCCAAAGGAUUUGCCUUUUUACCUUGGCACUUGUAUCUUUCUGUGGCAUUGGGCGUUUUUCGCUCAAUCCAGGGCCCCAUGUGCCGCACAAUUGUUUCGAAUAUAGUACCAUCCUCCGAUACGGGUAAGUUAUUUGCAAUUGGCAAUAUUGUUCAAACGUUCGCCCCUUUUGUCGCCGCUCCUCUUUAUACUGCCAUCUAUAAGAGUUCCCUGGCCAGCAAUCCUGGAGGAUUUAAUUUCCUUAGCGCCGCCUUCUACUUAAUAGCGUUUAUCCUUCUUGGCUGUGUGAUGCGAAUUAAAUUCAAACACCGAAAGUUCUACGCCGAGACGCUCAAGUAGCCAAAGUAAACUGAAUUUCCAUCAAUAUUGAUUGUAGCAAGUUUGCCAACUUUUCGGAGCUUUGUUUAUGCUCAAGUCGAAAACUUUGUGUGGACAGCAUUCAAUAACUGGAUUUAUGUGAACGAGUUCUUUUGUGUUAAGCUAAUUUAAUUUGAAUACCGCAAGGGGAAUUAUCAACAAUUUGAAAUUACAUCAUGUAACAGGAUUAACCAACGUCCUUUGCCCAUUCAAACUAAUCAAAUUCCAAAAUGUCACAAUU